AUGGAUCUAAAUCCGACUGCAGAGGUUGCUCCUUCAACAUCGUUGGAGCUGGAGCACGAUCGGAACGAUGCUCCUGACCAUGUCUAUUCUGCAAACCAGGAUGUUUCAGAGAGCACGGAAUCCACCGUUUUAGAGGCCACCCACAAUGCUGGGUUCAGCACUGAGGAACCAGCUCAGCAAUCCACAUACCCCACGGAAUUUACCUCAGCAUCGCAGAACUACUUCCCGGCCGAAGAUGAACAAAGCUCGUCUCGGUUCAGCUCACCAACCAUGUCCAAUCAACAACAUCCACAACAAUCGGCUUCGCGGCCUGGCUCUGGCGUGUCAAGCGGAGGAGAACGAUAUGGAUAUGCCAACUCACAGCCUGAGCAGAACCAGAAGCAACCAGCUCCACCAUCAAAGAAUAGCGUUGUUAUCAAAGUCGGAAUGGUCGGUGAUGCCCAGAUAGGCAAGACGAGUCUGAUGGUAAAAUACGUUGAAGGUAGCUGGGACGAGGACUACAUUCAGACAUUAGGCGUCAAUUUUAUGGAGAAGACCAUCUCAAUCCGAAACACAGAAAUCACAUUCUCGAUCUGGGAUCUAGGUGGACAGCGCGAGUUCGUGAACAUGCUUCCUCUGGUCUGCAACGACGCAGUUGCCAUCUUAUUUAUGUUUGAUCUUACGCGCAAGAGCACGCUGAACUCGAUUAAGGAAUGGUAUCGGCAGGGUCGUGGUUUUAACAAGACCGCCAUCCCAUUUCUGAUUGGCACCAAGUAUGAUCAUUUCGUUAAUUUUCCGCGGGAGGACCAAGAGGAGAUAUCUUUACAGGCAAAACGGUACGCCAAAGCUAUGAGAGCAAGCCUGAUUUUCAGCAGCACGAGUCAUAGUAUCAAUGUCCAAAAGAUCUUCAAAAUUGUCCUCAGCAAAGCUUUCGACCUCAAAUGCACCAUCCCCGAGAUUGAAAAUAUCGGGGAGCCUCUUCUACUGUACAAAUCGGUGUAG